UUUAAAUGCCGUCCUUCUCUCGUGUCGACAACGCCGCGCCGUCAUCUUUCGUUGCCUCCGCCAGACCGCCACCGCCGUCGGUGACGAACUCUUCGGACUCUACGUCGUUAUCGUAUAACACGGCGCCGGCAUUUCUUCAUCGUCCCCUUCGGCUUCAUCCUCUCUUAUUCCGUUCACAAGAAGCCAUCAUCUUCUCCACCAUCUACGGCUAGGGUUAUUGCUCCGGCCGAUUCAGACUAGUGGCAUGGCGUCCUUCCGCCAUAUCGCACAGCCUCAUCCUCCCUCUGUGGUGUCUCCUCCCGCGCCUCAUUCCAACCCCCAGUUCCAGCCGUACCCAUACCAGCAACACGGUGGCUCCGUCCCUGCUUACGGUCGAGUCCCGCCAGUCUCCGCCUCCCACGCUGGGUUCGCCGGUUCAUUCACCCACCCAGUUAGUCAGCAGCAGUAUCCAUAUGCGCCUCCCUUUCCUCAAGCGCCGCCACCCCCCUCGGAAUCCUACGCUCCGUCGGUGUACUAUCCUUCUUCGCAGCAUCUGCUCCAGGAUAACCAAUCUUCUCACCCGCCUCCUCCCUCGUCGUCGCCGACAAAUCAUUCUCUCCCACCUCCGCCGUCUCCAACUGUCCCACCACCCUCUGUCCUGCCUCCUCCCCCUCUGUCUAAUCAGACCCAACCAAAUCUUCCGUCCAUGAACGUGCACCAUCAGGGCACCACUAGAGUCGAUCCUCCUGGUCACCAGCAUAAACCCACGCUCCCGCUGAAGCAGCAGGUGCCUCCAUCUAGACCUACUGCCGGGAGAGUCCCUAUCCAUGCUGGAGGUCCAAAUGGGGCAUCUUCCAGGGUUGAGACGGAGGGGGAAAGGAGGAUGCGGAAGAAGAGAGAAUAUGAGAAGCAGAAGCAUGAGGAGAGGAGGCAGCUUUUAUUGAAGCACUCUCAAUCAAUUGUGCUGCAAAAGACCAAUUUGCUUGCAGGCAAUGCAAGACCCAUUGUUGGCUCAAUGACUGGUUCUCACGUGGCAGAUCAGCGAACAUCUUCAUUGUUGGUUGGGGAGAGAAUUGAGAACCGCCUUAAGAAGCCUACAACUUUUAUCUGCAAGAUGAAAUUUAGGAAUGAGUUGCCAGACCCAACAACACAACCAAAACUAUUAGCACUAAAUAAAGAUAAAGAUAGAUUUAGCAGAUACACUAUUACAUCCUUAGAGAAGAUGCACAAACCUAAACUCUACAUCGAACAAGAUCUUGGGAUACCACUUGAUCUACUAGAUAUGAGCGUCUACAAUCCUCAUGCUGUCCAUCUGUCCCUUGCCCAUGAAGAUGAAGAACUAUUGCACGAGGAUGAGUUGGUAGCUCCUGUCAAACCAGAUGGUAUAAGAAGGAAAGAGAGACCUAUGAUUGAAGGUGUUUCUUGGUUGGUAAAAACUCAAUACAUUUCUCCUAUUAGCACGGAAGUAGCCAAAAAGUCUGUUACAGCAAAACAAGCAAAAGAGAUGCGUGAAACAAGAGAAGGUAGAAAUCUUUCCUUGGAGAAUUUUAAUAAUAGGGAGAAGCAAAUACAAGCAAUUGAAGAAUCUUUCACAGCAGCCAAACUGCCUCCUGUCCAUCAAUCUAAACCUGGACUGGAACCUGAGGAGGUUUGGCCUUUGUUACCAUUUUUCAACAGAUAUGAAGAUCAGUUUGUUAUGGUGAACUUUCCAGGAGAUCCAACAGCUGACUUAGAGAAACAUAGCAAGUUAGACAGAUCUAGUUGCCAUGAACUUCAGUCACAGGCCAUAAUGAAGAGCUUUAUAAUGAAUGGAUCAGAUCCUAACAAUCCUGAGAAAUUCCUAGCCUACAUGACUCCUUCACCAGAUCAGUUGCACAAGGACGAGACUACUAGAAAUGAAGAUACAACAUACAAUUGGCAUGGGGAGUAUCACUGGGAUGCUAGGGGUGAGGAUACUAAUGACCCGACAACAUACCUUGUAACGUUUGGAGAGAAAGAUGCACUCUAUUUGCCUUUGCCUACCAAGAUUGUUUUGCUAAGUAAGAGGGUAACAGAAACAAGGCCACGUGAUGAAAUUGAGCAUUUUCCAGUGCCAUCAAGCGUGAUCGUAAGAAAGAAAUCAGAUAACACAGCUGAAGAACCAAAUGAAUAUGAGGAACCUUAUGGAAAAAUGGAAAAACUAAAUGGCAUGAAAAGAAAGAGAGGAGAUUCAUCAAUGUACAAGGAUGACCUUGACGAACAACACACAUUUCUGCGAACAAAUGGCCUGGAUCAGUUCAGCGAGGAGGAAGAUUUGUCUGAUUAAAAAUCCAGUGAUAGCAUCUGUUUCUUCUGUCAGGGCUAUAUAGAACUGAACAUUUGCUAACGUUCAACAAUCCUAUACCACGAUGGAUACUCACUUUAAGAGACGCAAGUCACAUAACAGAUAACCCCAAAAAAGUUACAUAUAUAAAAGACAGACACACUGGUUGCAGAACAUCACCCACAAUUUAAUUUAAAAGGGUGAAGAUACAGAAGCCAAUCGAUGUUUUCAUACUCGAAAGGUAUUAUCUUCCUGUUUGGUUAGGAUGAAGUAUUAAUACAAUUUCAGGUAUUAGUUAACCAAGAGGUGUUCUUUCUUUGCAUGACAGUUUUGUUCAUUUGACAUUGUGCUUGCCUGCGACCAUCCACUGUGUAAUUUAUUUGCCCUUCCUUCA